AUGAGCCGACCAGAGACUUCCGCGAACCAUACAGUCUAUACCCAAAGCCUGCCCUUAGAAAGAUACACUGUGGGGUGGAUAUGCGCCCUCCCCUGCGAAUUGACCGCUGCGAGAGCCAUGCUCGACCACCGCCACGUACGGCCGAAGAACCAAUCCAAACAUGACGAGAAUAACUACACCCUCGGUUCGAUAGCAGGUCACAACAUCGCGAUUGUAUGUUUGCCAGAGUAUGGAACCAACAAGGCGGCUAUUGCAGCUAAGUCGAUGCAAGCGACGUUUCCAAAUAUCCGGUUUGGCCUGUUGGUUGGUGUGGGAGGUGGAGUGCCGGGCCCCAUUACGGAGACUGGCCCGGCGAACGAUAUUCGUCUCGGCGAUGUGGUUGUUUCCUUGCCUGCGGGCCAGGGAGGGGGGGUGAUACAGUACGAUCUUAUUCGCAGGGAGGUCGAUGGCUUUCGUCGGGUUGGAUUGUUGAACAAACCACCGACCCUGUUAAGGACGGCGGUUGCCAGCCUGAGAGCUGAAAGACGUCUGGGACGGCAGCUGACGGGGCUGAUUGAGGACGCGUUUGCACCGGAUGACGAGUGCUGUGAAGACAAAUGUGACGAUGACGAGGAAAGCGAGGGUGAACGCUGGACCUACCCCAGCACAGGCAGGGACUUCCUUUUCAGUCCGGGAUAUAAACAUCGCUCCUCCGGAGCGGAUGACUGCACGAAAUGCAUGGAAGCAAAAAGUGCUGGUGAUAUUAUUACUCGCCGCCCGCGGAAAACUACACACCCGAAGAUCCAUUACGGAAAUAUAGGAUCCGGUAACUCCUUGAUCAAGAAUGGGCUCGAGCGCGAUAAGCUCGCACAACGGGAUAGCAUCAUUUGCUUCGAGAUGGAGGCUGCCGGAUUGAUGGACGACUUUCCAUGCCUUGUGAUUCGGGGUAUCAGUGAUUAUGCAGAUUCUCAUAAGAACAGCAGCUGGCAGCCCUAUGCAGCGGCGGCGGCAGCGGCAUAUGCAAAGCAACUCGUCUGUAGCAUUACACCGCAAGACAUUGAUAGCCUGGCGCCAAUCCAAGCGCUUCAACUGCUUCUCUCAGGUAAUAGGAUGUACAAGGCCGACGAUACACCAACAUGUCCAUCCGUUCAAGCAGUUCUGAGAAAACUCUGCAAUUUUCCUCUGGCUAUCGUUCAAGCCAACGCUUAUAUCAAUAAUCGAAGACUAUCCAUGGAUGACUUUCUACAACAAUACGAACAACAAUUCAUUCGGCCCAUGAGUCAGAAGCCAAGAGGACCUUGGAACUAUGAUCAGGUUGUGAAUACAACGUGGGAAGUUUCACUGACUGUUUCGAGCUCUUGGCUUCUUAUUGCUUAA